CUUUGCGCAUUCACGACUUCCACUGAGUGCCGCAAAACCAUUCUUCGAUCGCUCCCUUCUACCACAACGGAACCGCGACAAUGGCUUUGGGCAACAUCAUCCCCCUCAUCAUUCUGCUGAUCGUGGUCGGCGUAUCCGCCUUCGUUGGAUAUCACAUCUGGCUUUGGUCGAAUGAAUUAGCUGAGCGCGCAAGCAAGAAGCUGGAGAAGAGCAAUGUGUCUUUUACCAAAGAAGGAGGGUUGCGCGUAAAAGUUAAGGACAUCGACAACGAGAAAUAUACCGACACCACCCAGAAAGUCCUCACCAAUGUAUGGAAUAACGCUGAACUGCCCAACUAUAAAUCCCGCCUGGGAUGGAACAGCACGCAAGCCGAUUCACGCAAGGCGCCCCGCGACUCACUCGCUCCCGGUAAAUCCAGUGCCUCACGGUCUUCGUCAAGCUCCAAGUGAGCCUGUAGAAUUUUAUCACCAGCAGAGGGACAGUCGCAGAUGCCAAGAAAAAGAAUGGAGAACAUCAAGGGAAAGGCGUCCUUGAGUUUGCAGCUUUUAACGUGAUCACGAAGGACUGUGAGAAUGGGCAGCUUGAGCUUUUGUUAGACCAGACCAGGCACUUGAUAUGCCUACAUAGUGGAGUUCAGUUCAAAGCAGGACGUGGUUCUAUGCGGUUCAUAGAAGUUGCGCGCCUCCGGACCAAAGCAGGCUCUCAGUCCCUUUCCUGCCGGGCAGAGUGGCGAGCAGAACCCAACGUCAGGAGCUAGACGACGGCGAUUAGAUGCGAAUCUGAAGCCUUAUUUGUAACGAU